AUGAUUGAUGAGGUGCCAUCGACAGGUUGGUUUGUAUGGAAUACCGAUGGUUGUAGCUCAACCUUGGCAUCUUGGGCCACUGACUUGGGUCAUAGUAUAACCGGUCAUUUCUGGAACGGUGGGGUUACAGGUGACAGUGUAAGAGUAUUUUGGAGCUUGGAAACAGGUAUCGGUAUACAUGACUGUUUCAUUCUUCCUACUGUCCUCGCAUGUACCAUUGUACUUGAUGUUGACAAUCGACGAUUGGGUUGGGGGCAAAUAAAUAUGUAA